AAAAUAUUAAUCAACAAACAUGAAAGUUCUUUUAGUAAGUUGUUUAUUGAUGAUCACCAUCACAACAGGUAGUGCAUUAAAAUGUUGGAUGUGUAUGGGAUCUAUGGAAAGUGAUUGCUUCCGCGGUGAACAAGUUUCAAUGACAAUUCAAGAUUGUGAUUUGAAUGGCGCCAAAAACGCACCUUUACCGGAAAAAGAUGCCCAGGUCGCUACAGUUCAAAAAUGCGUCGAUUUUGUCAGCAUAAUUUCUGGAACUGAAGUAUUAACCAGAGGAUGUGGAUGGAUCUACGAAAACGUUGAUAUUUGCAAAUAUAUGGAUUCUGUUACGAGCUUGGUAAAUUGCAAAUCUUGCGACGAAAACUUAUGUAAUGCAUAUCCGUUAAUUAAUUAAUCAUUACUAUUAACAUGGUGUAAUAAUUUGAGAUGUUAUAUAAAUAAAAGUAAA